GACCGUGACCGCCCUAUUCCAAGAGAGCUUUAAGACCUUGGGAUCUUAACACCUUAAACCCUACAGGUAUUUAUCAUCCCUUCGUCGUCUUUGUCUCCGUCUCUCUCAAGUCUCAACCCUCUCGCACCUUUUCUCUUUUUGGGAUUCUGUUUCGUUCUCUUUAACAUUUGCUCGGUUUCUUGAAACUCUUGGUAGGAUUUUGUUGUGCCGAGCUAGGGUUAGGGUUUGUGUUUCAGUGGGUAGAGAUUACUGUAACACAUCAAUGGCGGAAGAAGGGGUGGUAGCAGCCGUGAGCCCUGUUCAUUUAGAUCACAAGAGGAAGCUUGAAGAUUUGGAGCCCGAGGCCCCGGAACAGGGGGUUUCGGACCCUCCACCGGAAGAAGCCUUGGCAGACUCAAAUGCGAACUUGAACUCUGAGUCGGACAUGAAUGAGGCUCAGAAUGAUGCUCUGAAACCGCAAGAGAUCGCUGAUCCUGUUUCGGUUUCACCAGAAGCGAAGCGGCCUCGUCUAGAAGAAGAAAACGACGGUUCAGCUAUAGAGAAUGGUCACCAAGAGCAGCAGGAGGUAGAUGAACCACCUAUGGAGAAUGUGGAACACCCGGAAGGGAGUAUUCCAAUGGAGGGGAGUAUUCCAACGGAGAAUGCUGAAGAACAACAAUCUGUGGGUGAUUUUCAAACUGAGAACCAUGAAAACCAUUCCAUGCAGAAUCACCAGGCAGACAUUGCCCUGCCAUCAUCGGAUGAGAGUCUUCUGACGGAUGCCGAGCAUCCCUCUGGAGCAGAUCUUCAGCAACCAGCUACAGGGAUUCCUCAACAAACAGAUUUUCCCUCUGCACAAGAGCAGCCCACGACUGAGAUGCAGACUGUGUCACGCAAAAUGGAAGUUCCCAAUACUAAGGUUGGUGUACUUAUAGGCAAGUCUGGGGAUACCAUUCGAUUCUUGCAAUACAAUUCAGGAGCAAAAAUCCAAAUCACGAGGGAUGCGGAUUCUGAUCCAUAUUCAGAAACCAGGCCUGUGGAGCUAAUCGGAACUCUGGACAAUAUAAAUAAGGCUGAGAAGCUGAUAAAGGAUGUUAUAGCAGAGGCUGAUGCUGGUGGUUCCCCUUCCCUUGUAGCUCGAGGAUUUGGUACCGUGCAAGCUGGGGGAGCUUCAGAGCAAAUUCAGUUACAGGUCCCAAAUGAGAAGGUUGGUUUGAUCAUAGGCAAAGGCGGGGAGACCAUUAAAAAUCUGCAGACUCGAUCUGGAGCACGCAUCCAGGUACUUAUACCACAACAUCUUCCUGAGGGUGACCAAUCCAAGGAAAGGACUGUGCGUGUGACCGGCAAUAAAAAACAGAUUGAGAUGGCUAGAGAAAUGAUAAAGGAAGUCAUGAAUCAGCCUGUGAGGCCUUCACACCUCUCUGGCGGUUAUAACCAGCAAACAUAUCGCCCACGUGGGACUAAUGUUCCACCGCAGUGGGGACCCCGUGGUCCACCCCCUGUACAGCCAACAGGUUAUGAUUAUCAGCAACGAGGAAUGUAUCCUUCUCAGAACCCACAGUAUCCACCUCAGACAUAUGGUGGUUAUCCUCCACAACAACCAGCUCCAAGAAGCAGCUUUAAUGCUGGUUGGGAUCAAAGGCCAGGAGCCCCUGUGCAGGGACAUCCUCAAAGCGGUGGCUAUGAUUACUAUGGACAAGGUGGGAGCCAUGUGGGUGACGGUUCUGUGCAUGCUCCAGUCUCUACUCCUGCCCCUGCACCAACGUCGGCUGUAGGCCCUCCUGCCCAGAUGAACUAUAAUUAUGGACAGCCUCAAGGUCCAGAGUAUGGACAGCCUACCAAUUAUCCUCAAUCAGCUCCACCCCAGCAGAACUAUGGACAUGGGUAUGAUGACCAAAAAUAUGAAAACCAGCCACCAACACAGCAUGCGUAUGGAGGUCAUGGAGCAUCUCAGCCAGGGGUUUACCCCCAACAAGCUGGCACUCAAUCAGGUUAUGCCCAGCAACCGUACAACAAGCCACCUUAUGGAAUGCCAUCUCAGGGACCCCCUCCCCAAUCUUAUGGGCCACCUAGGCCUAAUCAACCUGGAGAAGUACCAUAUCAAGGUCCAAUGCAAUCAACACACUCAUAUGGACCCAAUGUGCCCCAACAGCAAUCAUACCCAUAUGCGUCAAGUGGGCCUGCUCAGCAAGCAUAUCCAUAUGUAUCCGGUCCAACCGCCAAUGACGGGUACAAUCAGCCACCUACAUCCACUGCAUCUGCUCCUGGUUAUGGUCAGCCAGGUGGUCCAGUUUCUGGUUAUGGUCAGCCAGGUGGGCAGACUCUAACUGGGUAUGCUCAGGCUGGGCCUUCUGGAGGUUAUGGACCAUACAACACCCAGCCAAGUUAUAAUGAACAGCCGGCGCAAAGUAAUGCAAAUUAUGGGUUCCAAGGACCUUCGGAAGCUGGUUACAGUAAUGCCCCAGGUCCAGCUUAUGGGGCACCACCAGCGGGUCAGGUGAGUUAUGCACAGCCAGCCCCGAACCAGCCAAGUUAUGAUCAGUCGAUGCAACAGUCAGGUGGUUAUGGAGGUGUUCUUGGAAAUGCCCCAGUUGGUUAUGGAAAGAGUUUGUCACCCCAACCUGGAUAUGGCCAAUAUGACUCGAGUCAAAUGUAUGGUGCUCAUCACUGACUCUUUUGAUAUUUGGUAAUGGGGUUGAGGGCAAACUACUGCAAGUUUCUUGGUAAUCUGUUGGCCUAGUGUUUGUUCCUUGAGUAGGGUGGAAACAUUUAGCAAAUUAAGAGGGAUUUUUAGGGCAUACUUGGUUUACUCUUUAAGAGUUGAAUAUGUUUUCUGGAUUGAUGGAGCCAUGGCAUUUCUAUAUGAUCUAUUAUUGUGUUCUAUGUUA